AGUGGUUCGAAUUGAUGAAUUUGCUGCUCUGCUACGCGGGAUACACCUUGUUCUGUUUUGAUUUGAAAAACAAAACAAAAACGAAGUGGGAGAGGACGAAGUAGGAGAAAGUUUUUGAGCACCGUGUCGUCGUAACCUAGCGGAGCCAUGUGGUCGCUGCUGUUGCUGUUUGAUUGGAGUGGGAGAGGAGAAAGUUUGUGUGCAAAUCGGAGUCUCCACUGACUUCGAACCGGUCUGUUCAUAAUCGAGCGAACCGUCUCUUUGUGGCGUCGCUACUGCUGUUUGAUCGGAGUGGGAGAGGACGAAGUUUGUGUGCAAAUCGGACUCUUCACAGUUGUAGAUAAGCUACAAUGGAUAUUGAUUCAAACAAUAAUUCAUUGAAUGGGAGUGAGGAAGUUAAAGAACAGGAUAACAAUCUUGAUAUUAACGAAAUUGGCGAAGUUGAAGAACCCAAGAAGGGGAUGUAUUUUAGCUCAAAACAAGAAUUGUACGCAUUUUAUGCACAAUAUGCGAAACACUGUGGAUUUGCUAUAGCUUUUAGAUCACAAAAUCUAACAACUGAUGGGGAAGCGAAGUACUUUGGAAUUGAAUGUACUCGGGCGAGGUUGAGAACAAAAAGAUCAUAAAUCAAUCCCUUGGAACCAUCUUUGUCAUCCAAAAUUGAUUGUAAAGCAAGGGUCAGAGCUAGUCUACAAAACGAUGGCAGAUAUAAGUUAACCACAGUUGUGCUUGAGCACACUCAUGAUUUAAUUCCUACAGACUCACGACAUUUUGCAAUGAAUAAGAGGAUUCGUACUCCGGUCAAGAGAAGACUAGAAGUGAACGAUGCAGCAGGGAUUGGGAUGGCGAGGAAUUUUCAUUCCAUAGUUGUUGAAGCAGUGGGUUAUGAGGCAUUAACAUUUGAUGAACGAGAUGUAAGGAAUUAUAUUGAGAAUGCUAGCAGAUUGAGACUUGGGCUAGGAGACGCCAAAUCAGUUACACUUUAUUUCCAUAAAAUGUAACAACAAAAUUCAAACUUCUAUUCGGCAAUUGACCUUGAUGAAGAUGCUCGCAUGCGAAACUUGUUUUGGGCAGAUGCAAGGAGUAGGGUGGCUUAUAAAGUAUUAGGGAAUGUUGUCUCAUUUGACACAACCUAUUUGACAAACAAGUAUGAUAUGCCAUUUGCUCCGUUUGUAGGAGUUAAUCACCAUGGACAGUCAAUCUUGUUUGGAUGUGGGUUAUUAUCUAAUGAGAACACAGAGACAUUUGUGUGGCUAUUUAAAGAAUGGUUAAGUUGCAUAUCAGAUGCUCCUCCAAAAGCAAUAAUAACUGACCAGUGUAGAGCUAUGCAAAAUGCCAUAGAAAUAGUUUUCCCAUAGGCUCGACAUCGUUGGUGCUUAUGGCAUGUGAUGAAGAAAAUUCCAGAGAAACUAAGAGGACAUUCACAAUAUGAAGGCAUAAAGGUUGCUUUGCAAAAUGCUGUUUAUGAUUCAUUGACGAAAGAUGAAUUUGAGGGAAAUUGGCUUACAAGGGUUACAAAAUUCAAUUUGAAUGAUAACGAGUGGUUAGGGGUAUUAUACCAUGAGCGACAUAGGUGGAUUCCUGCCUAUGUGAAAGACAUAUUUUGGGCUGGCAUGUCAACUACCGGUAGAAGUGAGAGCAUGAAUGCAUUUUUUGAUGGAUAUGUGAACUCGAAGACUACCUUAAAGCAAUUUUUUGAGCAAUAUGACAAUGCCUUGAGAAGUAAGGUGGAAAAGGAGACAAAAGCAGAUUUCAAAUCUCGUAACCAAUUGUAUGAUUGCCUAACGGUAUAUCAUUUUGAGAAGCAAUUUCGUGCAGCGUACACAAAUGCAAAAUUUAAAGAAGUUCAAGCAGAAACGAAGCGUUUAGUGUACUGUCGUCCGAAUCUUGCAAAAGAUGAGGGAUUAAUUUGUACGUAUCAUGUGAGGGAGGCUAUUCUUUUGGGUGAAGGUAUGAAGAAAGUAGAAUUUAUCGUGUACUGUAAUUCAACUGAAUGUGAGCUCCAAUGCAUGUGUUGGUUGUUUGAGUUUAGAGGUAUUAUGUGUGCCUAUUCACUUAGUGUACUCAUUGAGAGGUCCAUAUAUGAGGUGCCACAUAAAUACAUUGUCUCGAGAUGGAGAAAAGAUUUGGAACGAGGGUAUACAUGCAUUCCAACCACAUAUACUAACUUCGGGGCUGCUAUAAAUCCAAAGUUGUAUGAUUCAUAUCACAAGACGUUAGAUGAGAUCCUAGAACUUGCCACCAAUGACGAUGCCAAACACAAAGUGAUUCAACUUGGGUUGAGGGAAAUCAUGGAUCGAGUGAAAACUAUUGAAUCAGCUACUGCGAGUAAUGUGCCAUGUACUAGUACUGUACCACCUUCUACAGGUAUUGUACCACCUUCUCAUACUUCGCCGAAAAGUCCGCCACGUCUGAAUACUACAAAAACAAGCAACACUCGCAAGGUACUCAGUCCUUUGGUUGUUCGCCGAAGAGGGCGUCCAUGUACGAGGCGGAAGGUUAGCAAGGUUGAUCAAAUAGUUAAUCGGUUGAAGAUAAAGAACAAAAAGACUACUCCCAUACAGGUAAAUACUUGGCAGAGGUUGUUUCGUAACCUUUUUGUUGAUUCAUAG